AGAGAGGAGCUCUCUGCACCAGCGUGGCAGCUCUGAGAAUCCCAGGGACGGCCCCGUGGGACCCAAGCCACGGGAAAGGGCUGGUCAAAAGUCCCGUUGGCGUUUCCCUCGCAGCGGGAAGCGCGCGGGCAUGGCGUGAGCGGCCCUGGCGCUGCGGGCCAUGCCCUCCUCCAACAGCUCUGAGCUCAGCCCGUCCUUCAUCCUGGCCGGCCUGCCGGGGCUGGAGGCGGCGCACUCCUGGAUGGCCGUCCCGCUGUGCUCGGCCUACGCGCUGGCGGUGCUGGCCAACGGCGCCGUGCUGCUGGUGGUGCGCGCCGAGCCCAGCCUGCACGCGCCCAUGUACUUCUUCCUCUGCAUGCUGGCCGCCGUCGACCUGGCGCUGGCCACCGCCACCGUGCCGCGCACGCUCUGCUUCUACUGGUUGGGCAGCCGCGAGAUCGGCUUCGCCGCCUGCCUGCUGCAGAUGUUCCUCAUCCACACGCUCUCGGCCGUCGAGUCCACCGUGCUGCUGGCCAUGGCCGUGGACCGCUACGUGGCCAUCUGCCACCCGCUGCGGCACGCCGCCGUGCUCACCGACGGCGCCACGGCCAAGGUGGGGCUGCUGGCCGUGGCCCGAGGCGUGCUCUUCUUCCUGCCGCUGCCCCUGCUCCUCCUGCCCCUCCCCUUCUGCGGCCCCCGCGUGCUGUCCCACUCCUUCUGCCUGCACCAGGACGUGAUGAACCUGGCCUGCGCCAACACCACGCCCAGCGUGGUGUACGGGCUCACCGCCAUCCUGCUGGUGAUGGGGCUGGACGCCGUGCUCAUCUGCCUCUCCUACCUGCUCAUCCUGAGGGCCGUGCUGCGCCUCGCGGCCUGGAGGGAGCGGCUCAAGGUGUUCAGCACCUGCAUCGCCCACAUCUGCGUGGUGCUGGCCUUCUACGUGCCCCUGAUCGGGCUGUCCGUGGUGCACCGCUUCGGCAAGGACCUGGCUCCGCUGGUCCACGUCGUCAUGGGCAACGUCUACAUCCUGGUGCCCGCUGUGCUCAACCCCAUCAUCUACGGGGUGAGGACCAAGCAGAUCCAGAGGAGGAUCCUGAGCUUGAUCCACGUCACUGCCAGAGCUCCCCGGUGACCCGAGCCCAGCCGCCGCCCCGUGUCCUCACCCUCGUUUUACACCAGAGCCUUUGGUGCUGUGCGCUCUCCGUGUCCUCUCCGUGCGCUCCGAGGUGCUGCCACCAGGCAAAAGCUGAUUGUGAACUCCUUCCCAGAGUGUCUGCCCUCACCAAACUCAGAGAAACUACUGCAGUGAUCUAAAUCCGAGCCCGACCUGGCAAGGUUCCACAAGAAGGGAAAAGUGACUCAGCAAACUUACACUGAUGUCCCAACAUUGCUCCUCUUGGUUCCCUUCUCACCUCUAACAGUGGCAGGGCAGAGAAAAUGCUGGAUGGUUUGGGAUGAUUUAGUCAAUUCAUUGUUUUCAUGUGGGGCACACUCACGCUCCAGAAGUUUUGCCAAAAAAUUUGCAUGUAGCAUCAUUCUUUAAGUAAAACAAUUACAGGACACCUGUCCAAAGUGACAUUACAGAUGCAGAAAGGCAUUUCAGAGAAAGAACAUCCACCUCUGUGGUCUUGUUCUGACCUGCUGUGUGCUCUGUCAAGACCCCUUAACCUCCUCAUAGCAGAUGCUGUGGAAAAACCAGACUCAGAGGUACUGGUAGCAACU